UUCUUUUGACUAUGAAGGCCGAGCAGAUCCUUAUACAAUAUGAAUAUAUAUUAUAUACAUCCCCUACUCUACUGAAAGUUUAGGGGAGAUCACUUCCGCUUUAUUUUAACUAAAGGUUAACUUUGCGGAUGACAUUUAAAAUCUAGAGUCUAGAUCUAGAGAUCUAGAUCUAGCACUUACGUAAGUACUUAGUCAACUUAUUUAUUAUUUGUGAGGGAAGUCCAAUUUUCAAGUAAUUUGGUCAACGAUGUACGAAGAUUCUGCAUUCACAUUUUUAGCCAUGUCGUCAUCUCAUGUUAUUAAAAUCAGAGCACUAUAUAAAGCCUUGAUGAAACUUCACAGAGGACUUCCAUUAGAGUUUCAACAAAUUGGAAAUAGUUAUGUGAGGGCAGAAUUUCAAGCACACAAGUCAGCUCAAGCAGAAAAUGCAGAAAUAUUUGUACGAGAAUGGACU